CCCCGCGCCGCGGCUGCUCGCUGCCCUACGGGCGGCGGGGGGCGUUUCCCUCAGGCCGGCCCCCGCCGCCACCCUCCCUCUGCCCCGCCUCUGCAACGGCCGCGGAGCGUGUGGCGGGGCCGGAGGCAGAGCGAGCCCAGCUUCAGAUCAGAGAUCAGUUUGAUAUUUUAACAAUCUGACAGUGAAAACCAACAACACAGGCAUAACUUAUGACUGAGGUCCCACAAAGUUGUGCAUUGUCAAGUAAUGCCCCAGCAGGCUCUAUGCCGGUGACUCCAGCACAAAAGUCCACUGAAUCAUGGUGUCAGCAGGAGCAAGCAGAAUGGGAAAACGUAAACAAAUUAUUAGUGCGACAUGGCUUAAAACCCGUGUGUCUUGCUAACCCAAGAAACAGCAGAACUCUGACAGAUACGAUUGUUUUAGACAAGCACUCUUCACUGGGGAUAAGACUAGCAUUGAAAACACUGGUGGACGACACUGAACGACAACAGAAAAUGAUGCAUGGCCUUAUAGAGGCUAAUCGCCAGCUUAGGGAUGAUAUACGCCAGGAGAGAGGUCGGGCAUGUCGACAGGAACAACGAGCCAAAGAGUUGGAAAAUGUUGUGGAGAACAUCAAAUCCAAAAUUUGUCAGCUGGAAGAUGAGUGUAUAGCUAAAGUUUGCCAGCAACAGAAUCAAGUGAAAGAACUUCAGAAAGAUCAGCAAGCUUCACAGAAUUUUCCUAUCCCCUAUUUGCAGACAAAGUACCAUCACCAGAAUGAAAAGUUGCAUGAACAGGAAGAGACUAUUGCACGUUUGCAGAAGGAGCUCCAUAAGGUUGGGAUGGAAGAGCAGCAGCGUGUUGCCACACAGAACAAAAUGUUCUGCCAGUUUUGCAAGCGAGCCCCAAAGUCUCUCUUAGAUCAACAGUUUCUUAGUCUAAUUGAUUAUUAUGAAUCUCAGAUUAAUCAAAUGAAAAAGGAGCUAAGCAGAAAUAAAAAAGAUACAGAUCAUGUACAAGGAGAAGGAAAAGGCAAAGAAGAAUUCUUAAAUCUAGAUGCCACACCUAACUAUAGAGCAUUGCUUAUGUCUUUCCAGAAUCAGCUCAUUGAGACAAAAGCCAGGAAUGAACAACUUAUGUGUGAAAAUACAGAUCUCAAGAAAGAUCUGGAAAUAAGACCAACUGCACAGGAAUUAAAACUUUGCAAGCAGCAAGUGAAGAAAUUGGAGAAAAUGCUAAAGAAAAAUAUCAAAUCAUAUGGGAUUAUUAGGGGAGAAAAGAUAAAAGAAAACAAUGAAUCUGAGAGUGUGACAGGAGAAGAUCAGCUACAAGCAGGUUGCAGGAGAUACUUACAGGUGCUGUCCAGGAUUGAUUCUGUUAUAAGUAGUCCAAGAGCUCCUCUGGUAAUAUAUAAGUGGAGUAAAGGGCCAGUCCAAAAUUACAUGAAAGAGAAUGGACAAGAAUGUGGUUUUGAACACCUUCCUCCUACAGUGGAAAUGUGGGCAGACCAGCUAAUGUCCCUAAAGGACUUGCAUAGAUCCCUGAGAAAGCUAUCACUGGAGUUGGUGCCCUGGCACACAGUAGACGCACUUAACAUCACUGAAUGCAUUCGAGUUGAAGACCUACAAUUCAUAGUCGAUACAAUCUUGGAAGAAGUAGAAAAUAAGGACAAGAACGGCCAGAUGCCUUCGUUACAAACAUUGUACGCAAUUGUGUCUCACUUCCAAAAGUUGUUUGACGUGAGUUCUCUGAAUGGAGUUUAUCCGCGAAUGAAUGAAGUUUACACAAAGCUUGGAGAAAUGACCAAUGCUAUGAGAAACCUCCACGAGCUCUUAGAACUAGAUCAUUCAGCCCCACCUGCUGUACUGGUGAACACUGUUGGAAAGCUAUGUAAGGUAAUUAAUGAAAACGUGACUGGACAGGUAGAGCAGCUGCUGGGGACCCAAGACAUCCAAAGUAUUAUCAACAAACUGGAAGAACAUGAAGACUUCUUUCCAGUAUUUCAAGCACUUAUUCAAGAUUUACUGUGUGUUUUAGAGAUCAGUAAUCUGGAUGACAUUGUACCUGCUGUGCACAGUCUGAAAUUGCUAGCUCGAUGAAGAUUUUAAAUGUGUAAAACUCAGCUGUAAGUAGGACUAAGUGUUAAGACAUUUACCGCUACCUCCAGCCUGUUUGAUCUUGAUGUACAGUUUUAUAAUGUUUUGACUAAAAUAAAAGUUGAGUAAAAACCUUAA